AUGAAAUAUAUUCUUUUAAUAGUUUUUAUAGUUUUAUCUUUAAAUUUUAAAUCAGCCUAUUCAAAUAAUAAUAUUGAUAAUGAAAUAGAAGAAUUUAAUUUUAAUGAUUUUAGUAAUGAUUUGGAAUAUAAUAAAUUAAUUCAAGAAAACAUUAUUGAAAAUGGUUUACCAAGUUUAACAGAUUAUUCACAAUUUUUGUUAGGUUUUAUUGAAGGUAUUGGAAUUAAUAUCACAAAUGAAGAAAGUCUUUGUUUUAAAAAUGAAAAUGGGUCUGUUGCUGAUUUGAAAGAUGGUGUUUUGGCACUUCAAAAAGGUUUAUCCACUAUUGAUAUUCCAAAAAUGUCAUCUGGUAUUGUUAAAAUUGGUGGUGUUAUAUUACAAAUACCAACUAACUUAAAAGAAUGUGGUAUUAGUGAUAAAAUUGUUCAAAUUACAUACAUUGCUGCCUCAUUUAUCUCCGGUCCAUCUGGUAUUGUUACUUUUAUUCUUAGAGAUGCUUUUAAUAUUUUUGUCAACUCUGGUGGUGUUCUCCAUAAUUUAACUGAAAUAUUUGUUGGUUUACAAAAUGCUGAUUUUUUCAAAUUAGGUAAGAAUCUUGGUCAAAUAGUUGAUAUUCUCAUGAUUAAACACACUUAAAUAAAAUCAUUUAAUAUUUAAAAUUUUC